CCUCAGUGCGCUCUGACGCUGCUGCAUGUAAAAUUAGCUGGCUGCAGCCUUUCAGGGACACCACUUGCAGUCCGCUGGAGCCCACAGCGCAAUAAAUAUGGCCUCAGAGCUAUCCACGUCCAUAAACAUCAAAGAGCCCCGGUGGGACCAGAGCACAUUCAUUGGUCGGGCCAAACAUUUCUUCACUGUCACAGACCCCAGGAACAUCCUACUCACCAACGACCAACUAGCUAAUGCACACAAAGUCAUCACUGACUACAGACAGGGUAUAGUGUCCCCAGGUCUGACUGAGGAUGAACUGUGGAGGGCCAAGUAUGUUUUUGACUCAGCUUUCCAUCCCGACACCGGGGAGAAGAUGAUCCUGAUCGGACGCAUGUCAGCACAGGUUCCAAUGAACAUGACCAUCACUGGGUGCAUGAUGACGUUUUACAAGACAACUCCAGCUGUGUUGCUCUGGCAGUGGAUCAAUCAGUCUUUCAACGCAAUAGUCAACUACACCAACCGGAGCGGCGAUGCUCCGAUCACAGUCAGUCAGCUUGGCACAGCGUAUGUGUCUGCCACCACAGGGGCAGUUGCCACCGCUUUAGGACUAAAUGCACUAACAAAGCACAUCUCCCCUCUUAUUGGACGAUUCGUUCCAUUCGCUGCUGUAGCUGCUGCUAACUGUAUCAACAUCCCCCUGAUGAGACAAAGAGAACUUAAACACGGCAUCCCAGUAACAGAUGAGAACGACAACAGGUUAGGAGAGUCGACAAACGCCGCACAGCAGGCUAUCUCUCAGGUUGUGGUCUCCAGAAUCCUCAUGGCUUCUCCAGGAAUGGCUAUCCCCCCAUUCUUAAUGAACCACUUGGAGAAGAAGGCCUUUCUGAAGAAGUUCCCAUGGAUGAGUGCACCUAUUCAAGUCGGCCUGGUGGGAUUCUGCCUGGUGUUUGCCACCCCGCUGUGCUGUGCAUUGUUCCCUCAGAAGAGCUCUAUAUCAGUCAGCCGCUUGGAGCCGGAGCUGCAGGAGAAGAUCAGAGCCAACCACCCUGAAGUGGAGAGAGUCUACUUCAACAAAGGGCUAUGAGUGUGAGGCCCCCUUCAUCCAAACACUGCCAUAACACAGCUGCAGGCUCAGUCCUCUCUCUCUCUGCCAGCCCUCCUCAUUCAAUGUGCCAAAGUUAAGUUUGUGUCUCCUCAUUUUUCACUGUUCAGAUGGAUAUUUGAGGACCUCCCUCUCUCACUCACUCUGUUCUGUAAUGAGAUGUUUGCUUUUGUCAAUGUGAUUAUUGAUUUUAUUGUAACUGCUCGAGAUGAUGUUCUCUGACUGGGCCAGAGGAAAAGUAAUGUUGAUCAUGAUACAGUUUAGGGGCCCCACGUUAGGUUGUUUCAAGUGGACUUUUUUUCAGUGCAGUAUUUUUUAUGUUGAUGACUUGUUGGUUGCAGGGCGCUGCCAAACCAUUUGCAUACUCACUAUGUUAGGUUGGCUGACAGGUUAUUUCCCAGAUAGGUUUUACUGAUUAUAAUCAGCAUUGAUUAGUCAAAGACUUCUGCAGCUCAUGCAUUUGCCAAAUCUGUACUAACUACUGAGUUUAUAACAACCUCCUACAUGUGACAGUGUUAUUUUAAUGAGAAGCAUUCACUUAAACUUACUUUGAUUGAAUUUAGUUUGCCAAAUAAGGGACAUUCAGCCAGCCUUGAAGCCUCGCCGUGUAUAAUCAUAAACCUGGAAUAUUCUCAAGGGAUCCACCCUAUAAAAUGUGAUGCUUGGUGUUGGCAGCCAUUGAUGGGCCAACACGGUGCUAUUGAUGUCUUAAUAUCAGUGUUAAACAUAUUUAUUCUGCCUGCCAAACAUGCAUGAACAAACCACUCCUUCUAUGGAGCGCAUAACAAAAUUUAACCUAUCAUUUACAAACUAAUUCACUGCAUAUUUAAUCACACUUGGAGACAAAAUGAUGGGGAAAUUGUGUUAUUCAUGUUAAAACAUACUGGUUCUGAUUUGCCUAAUCUGGAAAAAAAAAUUUGCUCAGAGUAUUUGGAAUGUGCAAAAUUCAACAAGUCAGCCAUGCCUUACACAGACUUUACCUUCUGUACCUGAAUGCAGCAUCUCAAGAGGUUUAUUUCCGAGAAGCCAUUUAAUCAUGGUUGUUUAUACAGUAUUAUUAUUGCACAUUAAUAUGCAUUUUAAGACUGUUCAAUAUGAAGUUCAGUAUUGAGGAAAGCAAGGAGGAUAUACAGACGGAUCUGACUGACAAACAUUACUUUCAGUUUUGACUUUUACUGUUUUAAAACACCUCUUCUGUGAAUCCUUCAAAAAGAGCACAUUUGUAUUUACUACAACACAAUACAUAGUACUGUCACCUCAGCCAGUGAACUUAGAGAAGAUAACAACUUAAAGUAUAGUUAACAUCGUCCUGAUCAGUGUUAUGAUUAGCUGUUAAAGUGAAGCACAAUUACACUUUGGUUAUUACCUGCAGUUGCAUCACAGCUCUCUCCUGUCGAGCCGAUAGAGCAGGUGUAGCCUGAUGUUGUAACUUUUAGUCUGUCCCUCCCCAUGCAGUAUUCUCUACUUAGAUAACAAUGUGCGUCUGAUAUGUUGGUCGUACUCAGCUGGUGUAAACUGUGGACUUGAAACCUGAUGGCUAAUCCAAAAGGCUGCAUGUUGAUCUUCUGGUGUGUAUUUUAUUGUGUGAUAAUUCAUAUGAGAGAUAUGGUACAGCAAUGUGCAUGAUUUAUUAUUUGACAUUUUAAAAAUCAGGGAUAACAGAGGAAAAGAUGGACUCAAAGAUACAAAGAUCCAUAAAAUGUAAAAUUAAGUCUUUGACCAACUUUUCCUUCGUUGGAAUUUUAAAAAGUGAUUUAUAGAAUUCAGUGUUUUAAAAUUGUUUGAUCCGAUUAAUGCAAAUGUUUUCAUUUCAGAUUUAGAGACCUCAUUAAUGCUUGUGAACACUGUUUUGUUUUCAUUGCAUCUUUUGCUCAUCAUGGUGUGUAAUGUCUGUGUUAAAUGUUUAAUAUACUGUAAAUCUAUUUGCAUAUGUUGCUGUAAAAGUAGAGUUGGAGUUGGAGCUGUUCCCCAGCUGGUUUGAAGUGAGUAUGUUAUUCUAGUGGUAAGGUAAAAUGAAUGUAGCAUUUACAGUCACAGCUGUUUGCAGUGUUUUUAGUCCACAAAAGCACAAUGUUGUAACAGAUUUUAAAUGCUGCACAUUUUUACAACUUAUUGAACCUUGUUCAGUUUCCUGAUCGCAAUACUUGAUCAUAUUACAGCAAGAAAAAAGGAAUAUUAAAUGUUUCCUUUGAUGGACAUAUCUCUGAGUAUUAUCCCCAAACUAAUGAGAACUAAUUCAUUUGUAUGUGCUUAAAAUUGUUAAUUAACUCCCUAAUAAAUAACAUCUUCACAAGCUUCAAUCUACCAAAUCAAAUGAAGUGUCAUCACAGCCAAAGCGAUACGAGGCGACUCAAGGGGAAGAAGUCAUUCACACUUUGCAUCAAUUAAAUGAGUAUUUUUUAAAGAGAAUAUUAUGGUAAAAAAUGGUAUUUGAUUGUUUUGCAGUACAUUGGGGUGAUUUGAUGUUUAAACGAACUGGAUGAAAUAAAUUGGUGAAACUUG